CUUUCUUUCCUCCUUCCUUCCCUCACAAUGCACAAAAAGCUCUUUCUGUGCUUACUACUGCUUUGUUCAUUCAUAUUCAUAGCGUCGGCCAGCGACCCACCACCGUCCUAUGAAAUACAACCUCGUGAUGCUAACGACCAAGACGACUUUUUGCUCGCCGCAGAACCCCUUCUAGAUGACGACGAGAAUACCCCUUUAGACGACGACGAAGAAGAUGAAGAAGCUACGUCUUCACUCAAUCAUAUUGAUGAAGAUGAUGCAAAGGACACUGUCGAAGAAAUCGAUAUUUGGGCCAAUGCAGGCGAUAAUGACGACGAAGAAUCAGAAGAAUCAGAAGAAGACCUGGUCGAUGACGAAGAAGAGGAAGAUGACGAACAUGACCAUGAAGACGAUGAAGAAGAGGACGACGAGGAAGACGAGGAGGACGGUGCUAUUGACCACGACAGCUUUGACGAGCAAGACGAAGAUCUAUAUGAACAAGACCGAGUACAGUUCGGUUUAGACCCAGACACAACUCAGACCGAGGAAGAAGAGGAGCUAAAAUGGUCAAAUGAGUUUAUCCCUGAAGAAGAUCGUUCGCUCGACCCACCUCCUCAGCAGCAGACAACUUACAACGAUGACAAGAAGGAAUCAUUAUUGGAACAGGGCCACGCUAACGCUGAGAUGGAAACCAAAGAACAAGAAGCUAGCUUAAUGGACCUUGGUGUAGAAGAUGCCGAUAAUGACAUCCCACCCCCCGAACACGGUAGUCAUCAAGACAGUGAGCUUGAGAAGCAGCCCACACUCGUUCAAGAUUGGGAUCCAAGCCAUCGUGAACCUGCAAAGAAACCGUGCCACAAGCAAUCUACUUUGGUAUGGCUUGGCUUGUUGGCUUGUUGUCUUGUACUAUUUUAUGGAGCCCGCGUUAGAGCCAAUUCAGUAGCCUUGGAUGGUGAUGGCAAGCACGCUAUCCUUCCGCUUCAUCAAAAUGAUAUCAAAUCACCGCUUGCAUUGUCACCCGAUCCCUCCAUAGUGAUUGAUGCUCAUUCCAACCACUUGCACCCACCCUCGGGCCGGGGCCAUCACCGCAAAGCUUCCUCCCUUUCAGCUCACAUCAUCACCCCUCGGUCUCGACCCACUAGCGUCGGACAUGAAAGUCCCUGGACUGGUGAAUGGAAGGAAGGGAAAGAAUGGUGAUAAUCAGCCUGUCUGUGUGAAAGGAAACUCUUUACAAAAUUUGAACUUAUCGUACUUGUCUUUUAUAUACCAUCGCUUUAUUAAGUGUAAUAACUGAAGAAAAACAGCCAAAUAAACAAGCCAUUAAUUUUUCUUCAUGUAAAUA